GUUAGCGCUGUAGAAAGCGCUUUGAAUUGCAGCGAGCGGUGCGACGUUUGCAGUAAAUGCAAUGACCCUCAUUGUCAUAUGAGGCUUUUCUUCACAGCACACCUUCGUUGGUCCAGCUUCCAAACUUGACAGUGAUAUAGCAAUACCGAUAUAAUAGGUUUGGCGGGCUUCACCUUGUCCUUACCCAGAAUGUGGCCCUGACAGUCGAUUUCCAGCCCCCUUGCCACUCGCUCCCUGAUUUCUUCAAUCAACUAGUUGGGUCGUUUUCUCGUAAGGAUGGCGUCGUUUGGAUUGAUGCAAAGGACGGUGCACUGUCCCCAGCUUGUGGAGGAGCGGUGUUCGCCGGUCGCUGGCUGCUCUGGUCGUGGCCUGCCAGUUAUCCAGCGGCAACGGCGUGGCGUGUGCAGUGCCACCAACGGUGUCCAGCGAGGGCGUGUGCUGCGCCGGACGGCCGCUUCGACCGACGUGGUCUCCUUCGUGGACCCCAAUGACAUUAGAAAACCCGCAGCAGCAGCAGCUGGCCCUGCGGUGGAUAAGGUCGGCGUUCUGCUGUUAAACCUUGGCGGGCCCGAAAAGCUCGACGACGUCAAGCCUUUCCUGUAUAACCUAUUCGCCGACCCAGAAAUUAUUCGCCUGCCAGCGGCAGCUCAGUUCCUGCAGCCGCUGCUCGCGACGAUCAUCUCCACGCUUCGCGCCCCGAAGAGCGCGGAGGGCUAUGAGGCCAUUGGCGGUGGUAGCCCGUUGCGUAGGAUUACAGACGAGCAGGCGGAGGCGCUGGCGGAGUCUCUGCGCGCCAAGGGCCAACCUGCGAACGUGUACGUGGGCAUGCGCUAUUGGCACCCCUACACGGAGGAGGCGCUGGAGCACAUUAAGGCCGACGGCGUCACGCGCCUGGUCAUCCUCCCGCUGUACCCUCAGUUCUCCAUCUCUACCAGCGGCUCCAGCCUUCGACUGCUUGAGUCGCUCUUCAAGAGCGACAUCGCGCUCAAGUCGCUGCGGCACACGGUCAUCCCGUCCUGGUACCAGCGGCGGGGCUACGUGAGCGCGAUGGCGGACCUGAUUGUAGAGGAGCUGAAGAAGUUCCGGGACGUGCCCAGCGUGGAGCUGUUUUUCUCCGCGCACGGCGUGCCCAAGUCCUACGUGGAGGAGGCGGGCGACCCAUACAAGGAGGAGAUGGAGGAGUGCGUGCGGCUCAUUACGGACGAGGUCAAGCGGCGCGGCUUCGCCAACACGCACACGCUGGCCUACCAGAGCCGCGUGGGCCCCGCGGAAUGGCUCAAGCCGUACACGGAUGAGUCCAUCAAGGAGCUGGGCAAGCGCGGCGUCAAGUCGCUGCUGGCGGUGCCCAUCAGCUUUGUCAGCGAGCACAUUGAGACGUUGGAGGAGAUCGACAUGGAGUACCGCGAGCUGGCGGAGGAGAGCGGCAUCCGCAACUGGGGCCGCGUGCCGGCGCUGAACACCAACGCCGCCUUCAUCGACGACCUGGCGGACGCGGUGAUGGAGGCGCUGCCCUACGUGGGCUGCCUGGCCGGGCCGACAGACUCGCUGGUGCCGCUGGCCAUCCCGCGCGCCUGGACCGUAGAGACCGCCUACGUGUCCGCUAGCGGCCUCGGCCUCAGCCUAAGCGCCAGUAGCGCCAGCGACACAAGCAACACUGUCGCUAAUGGCAGCAGCGGCAGCAGCAGCAGUCACGAGAAUCGCGUGGACGGUGGUGCCUUCAUCCCGACCACCCCAGGCGACCUGGAGAUGCUGCUGCAGGCCUACGACCGCGAGCGCCGCACGCUGCCGUCACCGGUGGUGAUGUGGGAGUGGGGCUGGACCAAGAGCGCGGAGACGUGGAACGGCCGCAUUGCCAUGAUUGCCAUCAUCAUCAUCCUGGCGCUGGAGGCAGCCAGCGGCCAGUCCAUCCUCAAAAACCUGUUCCUGGCGGAGUAGGGGGGCGGGUGGCGAGUAAGGCGUAUGGCGGAGCGAGGAGAUGGGCUGUGGCGUGGCCGGUGUUCUUUUGUGUGAUUGGAAACAUAGACGGGGUGCGGCACGCGGCCUGACUGCUGCGCGGUUGGUGUGGUUGCGGGGGGAGCGGGGUCGAUGGGGCAGCGCGCACGAGUUGGUUGAAGGAGGAGGGCCAGGCGCUGGGCUACACCCAUGGUUUGAGGAUGCUAGUGAGUGAUGUGUGCGGGGGGCAUGGUGUGUACCAUUCAGAGUCCAGAUGCACGCACGGUUGCGUGGGAGCGUUCCCUGCUGUGCAUGAUGAUGGCGCCUUCGAUGAAUCAUCUCUUGAAGGUCCAAAUGAAACGUCUGAAGUCUGCAGAGGGUGGUGCUGGACAUGCCAUCCAGGCGGAAGUGGGCAGCUGUGUCUGACUACAAAGUAGGUCUUGUUUUGCUUGGAUAGCGUUUGGCUAUGUAGCGUGUAUUCUGCUCAUCAAUCACGCCAGGCGUCAGGGACUACCCAUGCAAGUCGGGAGCGUGGCUGGCUCUGGAAAAGUUGUAGCUGCUAGGUGGCGUUGGCUGGGGUGUCAUGCAUCUCGGCAGGUAGGCGGUAGCGGUGGACGACCUCUGCAGCGGAGCAUGUGCACAAGAUGUGACUGCGCAUGCACCCGUAUAUGACGGCGUUGGCGUCAGUUGUUGAGAGUGAACAGAGGAGAGACGAGCGAAGCUGCCAUGCCCUUAGUGGCUGGUGCGAGAGGGGAAGAAAGAGAGAGGAAGGACUUUGCGGCAGUGCCCCACGCCGGAGUUGGGGACACGGUCAUCAACAGGGCGGCGGAGCUGGGCGGAGUGGGUGUGUGAUGGGACAGGGUUCAAGGCAGGUUGGCGAGGUCGGAGUGGGUAGACCAGUCCUUCAGUGCAAGGGCAUUAGGGCAUGAUGUAAGGGCUGAAGCUU